AUGGAUGACUGUUCCAAAUGCCCAGAAGAUCAAUAUCCAAACAAGACCCAGGAUUUUUGUCUUCCAAAAAGAAUAUCCUUCUUAUCCUAUGAGGAACCAAUGGGAAUAAGUUUAGUGGUUCUAACAAUUUUCUUUUUUCUUUGCACAACUUUGGUGCUGGCAACAUUUCUGAAAUAUAACCAUACUCCCAUUGUCAAGGCCAAUAACCAAAAUCUUACCUAUGUUCUUCUCACCUCCCUCCUCCUCUGCUUCCUUUCCUCACUGCAGUUCCUUGUUUCACCAGGCGAUAUAAUAUGUCUCUUUCGACAAAUUAGCUUUGGCAUCAUCUUCUCAGUGGCUGUGUCUUCUGUGCUGGCAAAAACCAUCACUGUAGUUUUAGCUUUCAUGGCCACCAAGCCAGGAUCCAGGAUGAAGAAAUGGGUAGGAAGAGAUCUGGCCACAUCCAUUGUUCUUACCUGUUCCCUGAUUCAGACAGGCAUCUGUAUGGUGUGGCUGUUCACAUUUCCCCCUUUCCCUGACAUUGACACCCAUUCAGAAAUAGAGGAAAUCAUACUCCAGUGCAAUGAAGGCUCAUCUACCAUGUUCUACUGUGUCCUUGGCUACAUGGGCUUUCUGGCAACUGCAAGUUUCACAGUAGCCUUUUUCUCCAGGAAUCUCCCCAGCAGUUUCAAUGAGGCCAAAUGCCUCACUUUCAGCAUGCUGAUCUUCUGCAGUGUAUGGAUCUCUUUUGUUCCAUCCUACCUGAGCACCAAAGGCAAAUACAUGGUGGCUGUGGAGGUUUUCUCCAUUUUGGCCUCCAGUGCAGGGUUGCUGGUCUGCAUAUAUUUCCCCAAAUGUUACAUAAUUAUUUUUAGACCAGAGCUAAACAACAGGGAGCAACUCAUCAAGAGAAGAAAUUUGUAA